CCGCGGCUUGACUUGACGGACCCUCUCCGGCCAGCCGCCGCCUCGCCUCGCCUCCGCCAUCCUCCCCCGCCGCCUGCCACCCGUUCCCCCCACGAAACAGCGUCCUCGUCCACCCACCCGCUUCCCCCUUCUGUCCCGGCCUUGGAGGGGUGCCCGUGGAGAUGGAGACCACCGGCGGGGCGGCCGCCGCUGGCGAGGUGGGCUGGUACGUGCUCGGCCCGGACCAGCAGGGCGUUGGCCCCUACGCGCUUGUGGAGCUGCGAGAGCAUUUUGCAAACGGUUACCUCAACGAGAGCACAAUGCUGUGGGCACAAGGGAGGAAGGAAUGGAUGCCGCUCUCGUCGAUCCCCGAGUUACACUCUAUAGCCACAGCAUCAAAGGAUCAGUCUACACAAGCUGCUGCUCCGGAUGUCGACGAUGAUUUCGCGAAAUUCCAAAAGGAGGUUACCGAAGCCGAGAAGGAAGUGAAAGGCAGCGCUGAAGUCGGUGAUGUGGACCGGCAGGAUGAUGAGCGGCCGGCAACCCCGCCGGAUGGAGAGGAGGAAUUUACUGAUGAUGAUGGCACCAUUUACAAGUGGGACUGUACUCUCAGGGCAUGGGUUCCUCAAAAUGAUGUAUCAGGUAAAAAGGACGGUUAUGCUGUUGAAGAGAUGACAUUUGCACUUGAGGAAGAAGUAUUCCAGGCACCAGAUAUCCCUGGUCCAUCUGCAUUAGAAGAAAUCAACACUCCAGCGGAAGUUAAAAACAAAGAAUCUGAUAAAGCAGAAAAGAGAGGAGAAAAGAAACAGAAAUCUUCUCAGAAGCCAGCUGAAAAAAAAGAAGCUAACAAACCGCCGGACAGUUGGUUUGAUCUGAAAGUCAAUACACAUGUCUAUGUAAAUGGUUUGCCUGAUGAUGUCACAGUGGAGGAGAUUGUGGAGGUAUUUUCCAAGUGUGGAAUAAUAAAGGAGGACCCGGAGACUAAAAAGCCUCGGGUGAAGAUCUAUACUGACAAGGAAACCAGCAGGAAAAAGGGUGAUGCCUUGGUGACAUAUUUCAAGGAGCCUUCUGUAGCUUUAGCAGUUCAAUUGUUGGAUGGGACAUCAUUCCGUCCUGGUGGUAAGACUCUGAUGUCUGUAAGUCCAGCCAGGUUUCAGCAGAAAGGUGAUGUUUUCAUUGCAAAGAAAACUGACAAGCAAAAGAAAAGGAAGAUCAGAAAGGUUGAAGACAAAAUGCUUGGAUGGGGUGGACAUGAUGAUAAGAAGGUGAUGAUUCCUACUACAGUAAUUUUACGGCACAUGUUCAGUCCUGCCGAGUUGAGAGCUGAUGAAGACCUUCUUUCUGAGCUUGAGGUAGAUGUUAGAGAGGAGUGUACCAAGUUUGGUCCAGUGGAUAACGUCAAGGUCUGUGAAAAUCAUCCACAGGGUGUCAUACUGGUGAAAUUCAAAGACCGGAAGGAUGGCGCCAAAUGCAUAGAGAAGAUGAAUGGAAGAUGGUUUGGUGGGCGGCAAAUCCAUGCAAGCGAAGAUGAUGGUUCCAUUAACCAUUCUCUUAUCCGUGAUUAUGAUGCAGAGGUGUCAAGACUGGAUCGGUUUGGAGAGGAGUUAGAAGAGUCCACGUAGAGGGUAACUAACAUAGCUAGCAUGAGAGCGGAAGUUUUUGCAUUUGGGCCCUCGUAUGCUCGCUCAGCUUGGCCUUUCAUUUGCCUGAUUAACCUCAGAAUAGAAUGAUAGUUGGGUAUCAGGCAUCAGCUGGUAUAUACUCCUAUGUUUUUUUGUUACUGCGACAGAGGAUUUUAUGCACGAUUUUGCAUAUGUUAACAUGAAGCACUUGGUAAAGUAUCAUCAUUUUUCCUUGAAA